GCGCCGAGCGGCCACGCCCUUCGCUCUGCCGUGCCAGGGAAUCGUGUGCCUGUGCCGCAGCGGCCUCAGACUGUAGAGCGGCCGGUAGGGACGGACUGGUCCAGGGUAGGCUCCCACCGUACAUCGCAGGAUUCAUAGCUUUCAGUAACCGACAGCCCCAGCAUCAUGGCCAAGGAGGACAACAAGAGCCCGGAGCAGCCAGUGUCCGAGUGGAAGCAGUUCAUCUACAACCCGCGGAGCGGGGAGUUCCUGGGCCGCACGGCGAGCAGCUGGGCUCUUAUCCUGCUGUUUUACUUGGUGUUCUAUGGCUUUCUGGCUGGGCUCUUCACACUUACCAUGUGGGUCAUGCUCCAAACACUGGAUGAUUCCGUUCCCAAGUAUCGGGAUAGAGUGUCUUCACCAGGUCUUAUGAUUUCUCCUAAAUCAGCUGGUCUGGAUAUUAUGUUGCAACCUCAGUCAUAUGAUGCAUAUGUGAAAGCUCUUCACACAUUUCUAGCACCAUACAAUGAUUCCAACCAAGUAAAGAAUGAGCCUUGUAAGACAGGUCUAUAUUUCAAACAAGAUGAACCCGGUGAGAAGAAGUCAUGCCAGUUUAACAGGACCUUUCUGGGACCUUGCUCUGGGAUUGAAGACCCCACCUUUGGAUAUAGCACAGGGAACCCCUGUGUGAUCGUCAAAAUGAACAGAAUUAUUGGAUUACUACCACAAGGAAAUCCAAAGAUAAAUUGCACUUCUAAGAGGGAUGAUGUGGAAAUGCAAUAUUAUCCAGAGAACGGGAAGAUAGACUUGAUGUAUUAUCCUUAUUAUGGAAAGAAAACCCAUGUGAAUUAUGUCCAGCCUUUAGUUGCAGUGAAGAUCAUACCAAGAAACCUAAACAGCACAGAACCAAUAGCACUUGAGUGCAAGAUUCAUGGAUCCCCCAACCUUAGGAAUGAGGAUGACAGAGACAAGUUCCUUGGUCGAGUGACAUUCAGAGUCAUAUUUGAGUAAUAGAGCAAGCAAGCCAAUACAUGGCCAGUUGAAUUAUUAAAUUUUAUUUUUUAUUUUUAUGUUAAUUUGGCCAGACUUGCUAAUCUAGGACCUGAAACCAUCUGGAUGGAUUAUGUAAAUGGCACAUGAUUCAGGGUAGCAUACCAAUGUGCUUCCAAACAUGAUGCUUUAACUUCUUUUGUGCUGAAGAGGGAAAUUACGCAUUCCUGGCUGCUCCAGCUCUGAAGAGGUUAAAAUUCCCUUUACACAGCCUCUGCCUGCCCCGAUCAGGGGCCAGUUUACACUUCAUUACAAAAUAAAUUAUCAUUUCAUAUUAGGGGACCUGUAAAUAGCUGUUUCCGAACAUAAUACUGGUGGUGUUCGUCCUAUUUUUGAUGUGGUUUUAUCCCCUCCCCACCUCCCUGCCCCUUCUGUGAGUGUUUCAAGCUUAAUGUGUUGUGCUAUGUAAAUAUUUAAUUGAUUUAACACUGGUUUAACUGUCAUAUCUCAAACGCCUACACAGUUUUAGGGAACAAAGUGACAAAACACAAGUAAAAAGGUACCUGACCAACAUGUACAAACAAGAAGAUAAUUAUAAAGAAGGAAAGAUUUUAUAACCUCUGCAAGAAUUGUGUGUCUUGUGCAGAUGCCUUAAGUCCUGUAUGAAACAAGAAAAAUAAAGUGGAUUUUAAAAACGA